CUUUCCGUUGUUGUCCACCACACCUUUAAUAUUCUUAAUCCUUUCCUCUUUCCUCGUGCAUUGAUUUUCAGCUUAAUAUAACAUGUUUGUGCCUAUUGUGUCCUUCUUAAUCAACCUCAUUAUAACGUUACUUCUCUUCCUGGUCAGCAUUGGGAAUCUCUGGUCAGGCCGUUUUUUCACAGCAUUCUAUCUCCUCAAGGUCACUUAUACGACAGGAGAUGGUCCUAAGAGUGGAUGGUUGAGCACGUCGUACAACAUGUUGACAUUUGGUCUGUGGAACUUCUGUGAGGGGAAAGAUAAUGUUAUCAACGCCUGUAUCGAGCCCAAAACUGGAUUUACUCUCGAGGGCAUACCAAAUAUCUUUGAUACUGACGAGCACUAUGUACCCAACGCUGUUAGAAGCUUCAACAAGGCUAGUUUUCUAUUCAUUCCUGCAACUUGUGUGGCAUUUUUGGCACUUGUCCUCUCUGCAAUUGCGUUGUCUCCUCGUUUUCGUAAACGAUGGCUCCAUGCCAUGUCUGGAUUUUUCAUGUUCUUAGUGACAUUAUGCUGUGUACUUCUCAUGAUAGUUGUCUUCACCGUGAAUGUGUCCAGAAAAAUCCAAUAUGAGAGACAUUUGACGCCAGAGGCCAAGACUUCAUUAGGACCAGGUGUAUGGAUCACGUUGGCCCUGGCGCCAUUGGCAAUCUUUGGAUCGGUGUUCAGUGCCUUUGCAGUUUGCUGCCCUGGUCGUUUUGAAAAACAUCCUAACGUUACCGUUACACCUCAUACUGCUGCUACUCAACAAAACGAUGUACCUGUAUCCAAAGCAGAAAUUCAGGAUGCUUGAAGGGGAAGAGUAUCAACUCAGGCAGAGCUCUCU